AUGCCUAGAUAUGAGGACGGCCAUCGGUCUCGUCGACGCAGAUCCCGGUCUACGUCUUCACACUCACGCGAGGAUCGAGGGCGCCACAAGGCUCGCAGCUCCAAGACAGACAGGCACAGGUCUUUAAGCCCCGACAAUCGAAAGCAUUCCAGAAGUCCCCAGAGACGGAGAUCACAUCGUCACAGAAGUCUAUCGGCGAGUUCCAGUGAAGCAUCGCAUAAUCGCAGACGCCGUUCCAGAGAACCGCGUCGACGGAGCCACGACCGUGGACGAAGAGAGAGGGAUGGCCACAGAUCACAUAGACGGCGUGAGGAGAGAGGGCACUCGACUUCACCGGCCCGAAGAUCACAUCGACGCAGUCCUUCACUUCAGGUAGGCAGGAGAUCGGACAAGCCACUCCCAUCCCAGCAAGAUGCAUUUUCAAAGACACCUCGAGACGGAUCUACCCCGGUGCCUGAGAAGGAAAAGGAGAAAGCAAAUUACGGGAAUACAGGACGUCUAGCUGCAGAUACAAACACUGUAAGGUCCAGUGAUGGGAGCACGUCCAUCGUUUUGAAAUACAACGAACCUCCAGAGGCCAGAAAGCCACCGGCCAAAGAUGCGUGGCGGCUGUACAUAUUCAAGGACGAUAAUCUGCUGGAAACGGUGGAGCUAGGAGACCGGAGCUGCUGGCUUGUUGGCAAAGAGAAGCUCGUUGCAGAUUUGCCUGUCGACCACCCCAGUUGUUCCAAGCAGCAUGCUGCUAUUCAGUUCAGAUACGUUGAGAAACGAAACGACUUUGGAGACCGAGAUGGUAGAGUUAGGCCUUAUCUGAUUGACCUGGAGAGCGCGAACGGGACGACUGUCAAUGGAGACCCAGCUCCGGCCAGACGGUACAUGGAACUCAUGGAUAAGGAUGUUUUGAAAUUUGGAUUAAGUACAAGAGAAUACGUGCUUCUUCUCCCACCGCCCAGCUGA